UUCCUAUUUCCUUAUCUAUAUGCCACUCAAAGUAUAAUCUUACAUUCAUUUCAUAAACUCCCACAAAUUCAUAGAGCCAAAAAAUAAACUCUUCUUUCUUUGGACAUAUACCAUGAGACCUAAACAUCAAUAUCCUCUUAAUGUUAAACUCCUCAUUCUUGGAGUUACACUUGCUUUUCUUCUCCUCUUCAUCUUAAGAUCAAACUUCUCAUCAUCAUCAUCUUCUGGACAAACUCUUAUGAUAAAAGAUUCGGAUUGUUUAUCAACGUGCACGAAAAUCCCAUCUUCUUUAUCUCAUGCCUUAAUUCAUUACUCAACCUCAAGCAUCACUCCACAACAAACAAGCAGGGAAAUCGCGGUCACUUCUAAAAUCCUACAAAAGAAAUCACCCUGCAACUUCCUAGUUUUCGGCCUAGGCCAUGAUAGUCUAAUGUGGAGCGCGCUAAACUAUGGAGGCCGAACCAUUUUCUUAGAAGAAGAUGAAUCAUGGAUUAAACAAAUUAAAAGUAGAUUUCCUAUGUUACAUUCUUAUCAUGUUGUUUAUGAUACUAAAGUUAAUCAAGCUGAUAUAUUGAUAGAUUUGGCUAAGGGAGAAGAGUGUACUUCAAUAAGUGAUCCUAAACAUUCAAUGUGUCAACUUGCAUUGAAAAGUUUACCUAAGGAAGUUUAUGAAACAAAGUGGGAUUUGAUUAUGGUGGAUGCACCAACAGGUUAUCAUGAUGAAGCUCCUGGUAGGAUGACCGCGAUUUAUACUGCAGGAAUGAUUGCUAGAAAUCAAGAGAAUGGAGAAACUGAUGUGUUUGUUCAUGAUGUUAAUAGAGAAGUAGAGGAUAAAUUUUCAAAAGCAUUUUUGUGUGAAGGGUAUAUGCAGAAACAAGAAGGAAGAUUGAGGCACUUUACUAUACCAAGUCAUAGGGAAGGGUCACAGAGGCCAUUUUGCCCUUAGUUUUUUUUUUGUUGUUGUUGGUUAGAAAGCCACGAGUACAAGUGAUGAGAAUCGAUCCCAUGAUCUACUCAGGAUCUCCAAGAAUCGAGAGGAAAGCUUUGUCUAACAGAGCUAUUCCUCACUCUAUUGCCCUUAGUUUCAUCAUUUUUUGCUUCUUAUUAUUAAAAUUUUUGAAUAACAUACGGUGAUUUUUCUUGGGUUAAAUUUGUUUUACCGGGUCAGUUUUUCUGUAUAAUUUAAGGUCCGUGUUGGAUAAGAGGAAGAUUUUGCAAAAGUUACAUUGGUAUUUGGACGAAGAUAAAAUAACAUAUCCCACUACUCUCAAAUGUUAACCUGAUUAGUUGGGUUGGUUGACCUGCGAGUUUGGUAUUUGGAGGUACCAGAGUAAGAGUAACUUUGGUAUUACUGGUACCAAAGUUCAAAGUUGAUAUCAAAGUUAGUGUAACUAAUACUAAAGCUCAAAGUUGAUAUCAAAGUUCACUUACACUUACUUGGAUAUCAAAGUAAAAGUUAUUUUGAUAUUGAUACUAAUUUUACUGAACUUUAAUAUAAGUUGAUACCAACGUUCAGGGUCAAUUUUUUAUC